AUGUACAACACACAACCUCAAUUUUAAAAUAUUGUUUAGUCACAAAGAGUCGUUAAUGAUAACUUGAUGGACACAGUUUCAGAAAUCAGAUGGAACAAAGACGUUUUUGUGACUUCAUCUUGGGAUGGGUAUAUCCGGUUCUACUAGGUUUAGCUGCAACCCGGAUUUAGGGCUAACAUACAAGUAGACUUCAAGACAGCCAUUGAUUGUUAAGAGCCAGUGUUAUCUGUGAGUUGGAAGUAGGACAUGUCAAUGGUAUUCGCUGCAUUGGCUGAUAAUACAAUCAGAGCAUAUGAUGUGAAAACACAGAGUAUGGCAAUCGUUGGAAUUCACGAUGAUUGUCCUGCUAGGUAAGUAUUUUGGAAUGAGGACAUGAAACUAAUAAUAUCAUUGGGUUUGGAUAAAAAGUUAAAAUUUUGGAAUCUAUAGGCAAGUGGUGGAGGAAAGCCCUAGCCUGCAUUCUCAUUGGAUUUACAGCACGUACCAACAGCUGGAGAGUAGAGUGGAAAUGAACAAUUUUUCGCAUAUGCAGAUGUUGAUAAUAAGUUUAGAUGGCUCCAUUGGAGUGCAUUGAGAGGCAAUUAGAGCAGUGUGGCAUCACGAAGUUUCUUUAAUAUGGAGGACAAUUAUUUAGUAGGGUAGAUUUCUUGUGUGGCAGUCAAUGAUAAUGCUUCGUAAUUGGCAUAUGCGACAGUGGAUGGGAGAGCUUUGGUAAAGUCAAUUAACAGUAGAGGAGACUUAGCAAGCAAAAUCCAAUUCAAAUGCUAUAAGGUAGAUGAGGAAGUGAAGGUAUCAUAAUUCAGAACAGAGAAAGUAUCUCGAAUGUAUAUGUGCAAUUCUUUUUAAUUUAAUUGUCGAUCAUCCAAUUGGGCUGGCACUUUAGGAUCUGAUGGCACUCUAGCCUUUUGGGACACUGGUAAAAAGCAGAAGAUCUUAGGUGUUAAAUUGGAUGGACCAGCUAUUGCAGGUUAAGUUUCACAAGACGGGUAGAUAUUUGCUUAUGCGACUGGUUAUGAUUGGGCUUAGGGUUUGGAUAAAGUUGGAGAGUUCACAAACAGAGUGGGAGCAGCAUAUAUUGAGGAGAAGUUUCUACCUUCGCAUUGA